UCACCAUAAUAGAAACGCCAUCCACCCGCCGCGUUGUUGGUCUUUCUCGGUUUAUUUUUGGCAAGUAUUGUAAAAUCCAUUCAAAAUACAACUUGAAACCUUUCAUCCAUCAGCAACCAAGAUUUGAACAUCAGAAUCAAGAAGAACUAGCCAUUGCACCACGUCAACACAUAUCAAAAUCACAUCACUGUUUGUGCUAUUUCACUGCGGGUUAAAUUCAUAAUAAAGUAAUGUUUUUGUUUUUAAAUAAGAAUAAUUGUUGUGCACGUUAAGUAGCCAUCACUUUUAUAAAUAGAGACGCUAUCUUGAAACCAUACCUGAAAUAACCCGUGGUAAAUUUGCAUGUAAAUUUGGUAUUCGGCAUUUCACAAAUCAUCAUCAAGCAUCUAAAUGGGAAGGAAGAAACGCUCAAGCAAGGCCAAAUCGGAGCCUACCAAUUCUGAGGAUAAGUCUGACCUAGGACAAUCUUCGACGGGCGAGUACGAGUCGGACCUGUUUACCUGCGAAGUUUCUCCAAUUUAUGGGAGGUUCUUGCAAUCCAGGGUGGAAAUAAAAAAAGGAACAAUUAUCCUGUCUGAAAAGUUUUUAAUCGCAGGCCCACAAAGGUCCGGUGAUGUAUGCUGCGUAGGCUGUCAUUCCAAUUUUGAAAGUCCGCAGGACAGGAAAUCGUGUCCUCUCUGCUCAUGGCCAAUUUGCUCAGAUGCGUGUGCUGAUACGGCUUUUCAUAGGGACGAGUGCAAGUUCUUUGUACAAAAACAUGUAAAGGCUCCAACACGAUUUGGAAACAGCGACUUUGGAUCAGUGACCGUGCUUCGAGGACUUAUGCUCAAAUAUCAGAACCCUGAAAAAUGGAAGGUAUUGAUGCAGUUGGAGGCUCACAACGAGAUUCGUAAAAAUCUUCCCUUGUGGAGAGAAAACGUUAUCAAUGUUGUGGAUGUCAUCCUGAGAGACUGGGAAUUAAGAGAAUAUUUUACGCCUGAAGAAGUCCAUACUGUUUGUGGAAUAUUGGAGGUGAAUGCAUUUGAGCUUGGAGACAAGGUCUCUUAUCGUGGUAUUUAUCCAAAAGCAGCAAUGAUGGCCCAUUCAUGCUUACCAAAUACCACUCGAUUCGAAAAUCCAUACAGUGGGAUACUUGAACUUCGAGCUGCUGUAGAUAUACCGCCGGGAGAGCCGUUAACGAUUUGUUAUGCAUUCUCGCUGGAGGCAACCGCUCAACGUCGUCUCAUGAUGUCGGAGACAAAAUUCUUCGAAUGUUCAUGCAAACGAUGCAAUGAUCCCAGAGAGCUUGGCUCCAAUCUGGGUACUUUGAUCUGUCAAAUUUGUAAAGUCGGAGAUGUCAUAAACAUUGGUGCUGUGGAAUACUGUCAAAACUGGGUGUGCCAAUCCUGUGGAUCCAAAAUUCCGACUGCAGCAAUUGAAUCUCAAUUGCUGAUAUGGAAAGAAGUUUUGGAUAGGGUUCAAGAAAUACCGAAUUGUGAAAAGUUUUUGCAAAACUGUAAAGCUUUGUUCCAUCCUACCCAUUACAUACCAUUUGAUGUAAAGUUCAACUUGUGUCAGGCUUAUGGAAGAGAGGGAACUCCGUUGGAAUCAUUGACGGAAGAAGAUUUGGACAGGAAGUUGGAAUUGUGUCGAGAAGUCAUGAAAAUUCUGGACAUUGUUACGCCUGGGUACACGGUUACCAGAGGCCUGGUGUUAUAUGAGCUUCAAGCGGCAGAAGUGAUCAAGGCUCGCAGACUUCGAUGCAAGGGAUCCAUUUUACGUCGAAAAUUACAACUGACUCUGAAGAAUUUGCAAGAAUGUAUCUCUAUUUUAGAAAUGUGUCAUCCUGAGUCAAUUGAGUAUGAGAUUUCUCAAGCUGCCAAAGAAGAAACACUUGUAAAUUUAACCAAAUGGAUAAGCACAUUGAGAUAGCAUUUAAUGCAAAGCAUCCUUCAACUUAUAUAUCAAUACAUACAUUAAACCUGGAAACCUCAUGACUUGAACACGAGAAGAGCUCCUUAGAUAAGUAUAUACAUUUUCCCAUGAAUUAUAAGUUGUACAAAAUGCAUAUGAAUGUUCCACAUUUGGUUGCUUAUGAUAAUUAUGCAUUAAAUAAAAUCAAAGUUUGCUACAAUAUAUUUCGCAUUGAA